AGGCUGCGGAAGCUGAAAGCUCUGAAAAGGUGCCGAGUAACCGAUCCUUGGCCGAAAGUGCGCGACAACGCUCGACGAAUAAGUACGAGAAUAUCCGAAGCCAAACUGACGAUGAGCGGAGUUGUAGAGUGACGACGACGACAUGUUUGCGGGGUUCGACCUCUACAAAAUUGACAUCGAGAUUUGAAUACGAUAUUGUUGCUAAUAGAUCAGCGUGAUUAAUAAGCGAUGUUCUGUAUCGUUAGCUGACAAUGAUACAUCAUAAUAUGUAGUGAAACGUGAUGUGACAAAUCAUUUGGAAAAUCAGUCCGUGGUGAGCAGGAUAUAUAAUAGGAAGAAACGUAGAGGGUGGCAAAUCGUUUUUCGACCGCUGACCAGUUUCACGACAGUCGUCAUUUCCUUUUCUUCUUUUUUUCCCUACUACAUAGCCUAUUUCCCUCUGUAUCAGUCCCUCCCCCCUCCCCCCACUUUGUAACCGCGAAUAUCUCCUGAUAUUCGUCUGGCCGACAGUGACCGCCGUCGCGGCGUCGCGUCGGUGUCGUCGACGGUCCCGUUGAAAAUAUGCUUGGCGUAGAAGCGUUAGCGGCAUCAGUGUCGUGGUUGGUACUGGUGCUAGCGUUGGUACUGCUGGUGGUGCUAGUGCUGGUGUUGAGAAUGGUCUAGCGCGGGUGUGCGCGCGCGGGUGCUAUCUCGACACAGUGCGGACGGUGGCUUUAGAUUCGAAGCUGCGGAAGAAAGGCCGCGAACUCGGCCCUGCUCCGAUGGCCUGAUAUACACUACGAGACGCGUAUAUGAAGCUACACUGCCCUGACUCGUCGAUGGGCGUGCGGGGGUGACUGGAGUGAUGGGAUGGGGCUAGAGCCCCAUGGAGUUCGGGUAGACCCGUCUCCAGCCCAACUCCCCAGCCCCCUCCGCCAUCGAUAUCGCCACAGCUCCUGUCAGCGUCGCAGAGGGCCGCCUCGAUCGCGAUGGAGGCCUCUACUAAUCAACAACAGAAGAAGGAGCCACGCGUUCACAGGCCUUACGCCUUCGACAAGAUGGAGGGGCUGGUGCGGGAGAUGCAAGACCCUGAGAACGGGGUACCCGUGCGCAGCCAAAAACAAUUUCUCACCUCAAUUCCCUCAGCUUUCAUGGGUGAGUGCCAUCGGUAUCUACGUUGUGGAGUAAACGUAAGCGGCCAUCACGGCCAGGACACUACAGUAGGCUGCCUGCGUGUUGCAGGUUACGAUCUCAUCGAGUGGCUGAUAGAGCGGCUUUCUAUCGAGGAAUCAGUAGAGGCGGUCCAUAUUGCCAAUCAGCUCUGCCAGUAUGGCUACUUCUUCCCGGUGAAUGACUCCAAGACACUCACCGUAAGGGAUGAUAGUUCUCUGUAUAGAUUUCAGACACCAUGUUAUUGGCCAUGGCAACAUAGAAUCCCCGAUAAUGUGGAAUAUGCUAUUUAUCUGGCUAAAAGAACUUUAAGAAACAAGCAGCGACAUGCCCUUGAAGAUUAUGAAAUUGAAGCUUUGAACAGCCUACGUAGGAAUUUGCAAAACAAAUGGGAUAUUAUACAACUACAAGCCGAAGAACAGGUCCGCUUAGCUAAGGAGCGAAAAAAGGGGGAUAAAAUAGUAAGCGAUUCUCAAGAACGAGCAUUUUGGAGAGUUUACAGGCCACCACCCGGUUGUCUAAGUAGUCUUGAAGUAGCACCCGUACCUACACGUUUUCGUCCUGGACUUUCACGUCCUCCAUCACGUAAACGCACUUUAACCGAUCUGCAACGCGAGGUGGCCCUUUUAAAGAACAGUUUAACGCGUACAAGGAUAAAGGUUUCGGCUGCGAUUGAAAAUUUAAAAUCAUACUUUGAAACAUACGUGGAGUACGAUCCGAUGUUUAUACAGCCACAACCUUCAAACCCAUGGAUCACCGACGAUCAAACAUUUUGGCAGCUAAACAGUCCUGUGGUGGAUCUUCCUACGGAAAAACGCGUCAAGCGCUGGGCAUUAUCAAUGGAAGAGUUAAUGUCUGACCCAACUGGUUUGCAAGAGUUCACAAAUUAUUUGAGGAAAGAAUAUAGUCAUGAAAAUAUACGAUUUUGGUUAGCAGUUAAAGAUUUGAGACAUAGUUUUCAAGCACAAAUACCCGACAAAGUCAACGAAAUCUUCAAAGAAUUCCUGGCACCCGGAGCACCUUGCGAAAUAAACAUAGAUGGAAAGACAAUGGAAAAAGUACAUCAAGAAAUGAGAAAUCCAAAUCGAUUUAUAUUUGAUUCCGCCGCCGAACAUGUGUAUACGCUACUUCUGAAAAAGGAUUGCUAUCCUAGAUUUAUUCGUUCGGAUCAAUAUCGAAAUACCUUAGCUGCCGGUGUGCAACCUUUGCAAAAAAAGUGGUUUUUCAGCUUUGGUGGACAAACAAAGAAGAAAAUUUCUUCGACUUCGACUUCGAUUUCGACUUCGACUCCGACUCCAACGACCAGCACUUUGCAGCACCAUGCUGCAGGUAGUGCAGCAAGCGGUAGUAAACGAAGGGGAAGCGAUCGGAGUCUAUCUGGAUCUGCUCACGAGUUAGCCGUCUGUGGUGUUCGGGAUACAACUUCGAUGCCCAGAGUGCCACAUUCUCACAGUCAGUCGAACCUCACCGAUAUUCCAUAUAGGGGAGAUCUGGCUCGACUCGUAAAGAUUUCAACAAGGCCUAUUCCGCAUAGCGUUCAGGAUGCUGGCACAUCGGAAGCGGUAGUUCGCCCUAUGGACGACGUUUGCCCGUGGGACGUGGUUCCAGGACCGAGUAUAGAGCACGCCAUAGAUACCACACUAUCACACCAUCCAAUAUCAUCUGGAAUAACGUCGUCGGUUGAAAGUCAAGCGGAAGAAGGCAAUAAUUUGAGCGCGCAGUCACAGUCUAUCGAGGUUACACGCGCAUCUCGGAAAAAUUCAUCGCAAUUAGAUUCCUGUAGUUCCUCGUCUGAUAUCAGUUUAGUGGUAGCGGAAGUCUCUGAACAUCUUCGAAAGUCCUGUAGUUUGCAACACAGUAGCAGCACAGCCGGCAUGACGACUACCGAACGAAUUGGCAUAACAACGCGAAAUUAUUCCAUCGGCUCGACUAGCGGAAGAACGAAGCUGUCAGAGAUCAGUCGGCCGUCCAUUUUGUCUUGUAAUUAUCCGUCGCCACAACAUUCGUUCGAGUAUUCUCAUAUGACAACUGACAGAUCGGAUGUGUCUACGAUAGGGAAGUGUAUUACCGAAGAGUCUGAGACUAGUACGAAGUUAAAGUCUCUCGAGGCGGAACUGACGUCGAAAACUUUAACCAAGGCUCCCUUAAUAAGCAUUAGCGCGAUCGUAGGGGAUCUACCGAGUGACAAUUCUACGGUUGAAGUCGAGGAAAAAACGAAUGGCGAUCAUGCGCCGGUAAUAAAGGAAGAGAUAGAAAUUGAGGAAAGAAGGCAAAAGCUGGAGGCUGACGAAGGUGAUGCAAUGGCGGCAGUUAUAGCCGAAGAAAGUUUGGCAAUUUCCGCUCUAGUAAAAACGGAGACGGUGGAGUCGCUGGAAGAGGCGCAGGUUGUUCCUGUUUGGGAGCCGGACACCGAACAGGAUGAUCAAUUAGCACCAGUUACUCAACCAGCUCCUCAACAAAAGCGUGACAAUAACGUUAACGAAGUGUGUCCGUGGGAAGACGAGGAAAAUUGUAGAGUGGAUGCACCCUAUGUGAAAACAUAUGCAACUUUAGGUUAUUUAUAACUUGGUAUGGUACUAAACAUACAUUUUACAUAUAAACAUUCGCAACUUCAAUUUCCAUUUUACUUCACUUUUGCCAAGUUCGAGUGCCCGAGCUAUCCAAGAUAUCGAGUAUUAUGUUUUUGAAUUUUUCGAUUUAUCAUUUUCAAUUCCGAAAAGAUUGAAAAUAUGGAAUCGUCUUAAUGGGAAAGAACGAAAAUAUUGAAAAUAAGCAAAAGGAAAGAUACUUGUGCGUCUAACGAUAAAGCACCGCCACCAUAAUUCUAUGGUAGUAAUCUAAUAGAGUAAUCUCAAAUGCGUAAAUAACGAUAGAGAUCUCAGCACGAUGUGAUGUGUAAAGAAUUCCGUUUUGUCUGGAAUUUCGGUACGAUAAUUUCGAUAUAAUUUCGGCAUAAUUUCGGUACAAUUUCGGUACAAUUUCGGAAUAGCAUAACGUAAAGGUAUAUUCAGUGAGAUUCUCGAUUUCAUUUUCUCGUCAAUCUGUGUAAAUUCGAACGAAUCAUUUCGUUUUCUGUUUCCGAUUCGAUAAUCUACAUGAAAGUUGUGCGAUCUGUUGACUAAAGAGCUGCGACAGAUAGAGUUACGUCACUUUGCUGAAUGCAAUGAAAUAUAAUUAAUAGGUACAUGUUAGCCAAUUAAGAAACUAAACAUAGUGGACAAGAUGACACGAAUUUUUUAAUAAAGGAUAAAGUCUCUAAAGCGAUUUGUUUCGCAAAAGUAUUAAAUGCAAAGGUGCGUCCUAUGGGAGUUAGUCGAUCAUGAGCCCUUUGACCGCUCCCUUAGCUCGCAAACUUCUUUAAUGCUACUUACGGAUAACUUAAUAAACCGUAAAAAGUUCUUUAUUUGAUUUAUUAUAGACGAUUGAUCAUUUUCUAUAAACGAACGUUCCUUACCAAAGAAAAAUUUUACGAUCGCGUACGAUUGAAUUCCAAUAGUGGUGUAUCAUUGUAUUAAAUAAGUAGUAUAAUGUGAGAAAUUUACCAUAAAACAUCCAAGUGGUUUAGAUCACAUUGCUUCGCUUAAUAAAAUCACUCGAAUGUUGUGACAGUUGAUUGUCAUUUAAUCUAAGUGUUAGUCAUACGUUUAUCCGAUAUGUAAUAAGUGUCGAAUCACAAGUAUUUAAUGUAACUUUAGCCCGCUUACGGCCUUAUAUUACGAUAUAACGGCUGGCUAACGGUUAAAUUUUGAAAAGUACAGGUAAAACGAAGCUAUUCGACUUUGAUCGUAGAUACUUGACGUGUAUUUGUAAAUCGUUACUACUUGCUGUUCGUAAUUAGAUCGAGUUAAAAUUAAAUAGGGAAGAAAAGAACCUUGAAACGAGAGCGCAAUAAUAACGAUUCGUUUGUUUGUUACAGAGAAUAUCGAAUCUUGUUCUUGAGAAAGAGGGGUGGAGGGAGAAUGGUUUUCUCGAAAUGUAGUCAUUUAUUGUAUCUACAUAAUAUCAUUUAUAAGUAUAUACUAUGACUGGGUUCUGGGUACUGUUACUGCCCUAGUACCCAGAUCCCACGAAUCAAUUCGAUUAACUUAAACUCAAGUAUAUAAGAAAAAUUUAACAAAACUACAUACUGCACGUGAACUCGAUGACGCAAUUUUCCUUCUUUAAUAAACUUAAUCGACUGGUUGUUAAAUACUAUAAUGGAAAUGUUGUAUCGUAAAAUUUAGGAAGAUAAUCUUACAGAGUGCACACUUGGUAAAACACCCGUACUUUACGUAAUACGUAACAUAAUUAAUGAAAAUAUUAAUUUGCCUGUAAAUUACGUAACAAAAAGACUCGAUUAACAAUCACAAUACGAGAUAAAGGCGUAAGAAUGCGAGACAUCGUGCUACUAUUUUUAAUAAGUAUUAACGAAUUCCAUCGUUAAUUCCGUUUUUGAAUCGAACAAACAUUGAAACUGAAAAUACGAAUUAAAAUAGUAAACGAACGGUAAUAGAAUUUUAUUAUUUCUUAAUAUAUAAAUUAAUUUCAGCUAUUAAAACACAUACACACGUUAUUGCAUAUACUACAUGUGUGUAUAUAUAUAUAUAUAUACAAAGUUUUAAUUUAUUUGCUACAUGUUUGAAACGAAUGUUUUUUUUAUCGAUAAAUAGGUAUUUGUUAUAUCGUAUAUAUGGAAAGUACAUACUCCAUGAAUAUAUGGAAUAAAAUUUAAAGUAGCGACGAGCAUUCGUUUAGAAACGAUAGUAAUAAAUUUCGAAAGAAAGUUCGGGCACUCGAGAUUAGUUUUAAGAAAUGUAACAACGUAUUCAUGACGAUCGUACUGUUAAUUCAAGAGCUCAAUUUAACUACUGUAAAGGUCCUUAUGAAAACUACAUAGUUGAUUAGUUAGAUAAAAACAACAUGUUACAGUCCUUGUGGAAAUGAAUAUAUUAUACGAAUCAUAAUGAAUACGGUAUAGGUACCGAGAUUAUUCUGUUAGUCGCGGAAUUUGCAAAGAUAGGUUUAACGUAUGACUGACAAUGGAUCUUAUUUACGAACUCCAAUGACUCGUAAAUAGAGACGAUUCCGAUUUGACUUACACAUAAGUAAGUAUAUACCAUCUUGUAAAAGAAUUUCGUUCGGCGAAGCAUGCAACAAUUAUUAUAACAGAUAAGCUUCGAAACGAACCAAAAGCUAUUUUUGUUCUCUUUUUGCAGAGACAUUUUAUACACAUAAUACAUAACGCAUUAUCGUUCCGUCGUUAGAAUUUUAAUCACAGGUCAUAGAUAGUUCUACUCGCUAUCGUUUAACUAACUCACUCGUCGUCGUCAUUGUAUAAGGGGCAAUCGAAAGGAUCGUUGUGCGUCCUGAAUCUCUAAGCGCCAUCUGAUUUCACGUUUUCUUUUCUAUGUAUGUUAACAACGUAUGUUUUUGUAUUGAUUGGUCAAAUGAAAAAUUUAAUCGAGAAAUAAAAAUGUCACGGUAACGAAUCAGUGUGUGUAUCGGUUGGCGAUUAUUUUUUCAUUAGCGACUACAUACGACGCGACACAACGCAACGCGCGCGUCGCGUAGCAAUGAUAAUAUCUCAGUAUUACGAAUGAAAAGACAGUGUUCAUAAACGACAGCAAAGUACAACAAGCUAUAGCGAUCGAUAGUUAUUUUGAUAUUAUUAUUUUAAAAAUAAACAUCGAUAUGUAUCGUUGGGUAAAUUUUUACCAAAUAUUUCGUAUAAUUCGUUAUUGUUUUUUAAAGGCACUAAUCAUUUAUAAUCUAUAUUUUAGACAUAGCGCAAGAGAUAUUUCAAAAUCCAGUUGUAUGCGAGUACACCGAUGCUCGUUAGCAAGUACAUACAAAAUUUCAGCAUGAUAGCUCACCAUUGUAUUUCCUAUUCUAAGCUAACGGUAAGGUGUCGUCGUUAACUGUCAUGCAAAUUACCUUGUGCGAUAUAAUAGGGAUUUGAUUGUCGAAUGACCGUCAAGUUUUCGGACAAAGAAAAGCAGAAACAGAGAAUCAAAAGGAAGAAAUACUAUUUUUUAAUUGGUUAUAGCGCGCAGAUUAUGUUGCUCAUUGUAUUUUAUUUAACACUGAUUAAAACGAUGCUCUCGUGAGAGGCGUUAAUAAAGGAAGAAGCCGCUUAUCGAACAUGUUUGAACGUUAAAGAUGUUGCCACCUGUAUCGUGUAUGUGUGAUUAGUUUGGAAUCAUUCUUAAUUUCAUACUCUUAUUUUCAAUUCUCACGUACAACACACAUGCAGCACACAUACAGCGAUCGUGCCGAAACAAUGGCGAUUUCUCCUAUUAGAGUCUCUAGUGAAAGAAUUACCUUGAUCUCCAGUCGAUUUAAAUUUACUUACAAUUCGAUUUUCUUAAUCACGUGCAAAGCGAAACAAUCACAUGUUUGUUUCAUCGGUUUUUGUUUCUUCCCCAGUUUUAGAUUCGCCAAUAGUACAAAUAUAACUUAAAGUAUAGCGUAAUUUACGGGUAAGCCUGACUCAAAUAUGAUCUAGACCUGACCCAAACAGUAAAUAUUUUUUAUGAGUUAUUUAAGAAAAUGAAAUUGGCGUUCACCAGAAAAUAGAGAUUUAUUCGAUUCGAUUCGAUUAUCAAUUAUCGAUUAUUGGAACUAUAUAUAUAUUUGGAAGUAAAAGCCGAUUAUUAAAAUGACAAAGUUUAAGAGUUUGCGACGAUUUCUCUCUCAAUUGUUUAAUAUUUGAUAGACAACUAGAUAAGAAUGAGCCAUGUUUACCAGGAAAAGACUGAAAAUGUACCUGAAACUCACCCCUCCUUCGAAAAUACAUGUUGCGAAUUCUAAGACUAAUUAAGUUUUAGAAUAACUAGUAUUGUGUCUCAUCGUUUUGAUAAAAAGAAUAAAGCAAAGUAAUAAUAAAAGAAUACAUCGACAAGGACGAAGAAGAUAAUUAAGCGAUAUAGGUGAAAAAAGGGGUGAUCGAUUCAAGAUUUCAGCGAUCCUUGAUAUGUCCCGAGAUGUUUCAUCAGUAUUUUGUAUUAGAUCGAUCCAUCUUCACGUCAUUUUAACGAUUGUGCUAAACACGCGUAUCUAGUAAACUAUAUUGUUACUAGAAUUGAGAAACUAGCGUAGGGACGUUCUCAUCGCACCGAUAACAUUUAUUCAACGAUAUGCUGUUCUUUUAUCAUUGAUACGAAGGAAAAGAUCGUUUUAAUUGGAUAGAAUACACGUUUUUUUAUAACAAUAAUUUAAAGGAAAUUUUAAUUCGAAAUAUUAGAAAUGAAACGCAAAACAUAGGUGAAACUUUGAGAAAUUUUAAGAGAUCGAAUAAGAUUGCAUUCGGAACGCGUUCCGAUAUGUUUUUGUAUUUUAAGGAUUGUUUCCGUGUCGUGGUACUUGAUAAUGAAUUAUACCGUACAUCGCGUAUAGACAAAGAAAGAUUAAAAAUAACCUUUCGAGAACAGUGCGUUGUCUAUACUGGUCUUAAUAAUUAGAAGGAUUCGUGAUGAAAAAUGAAAAUAAAAGUAACAAGAGGUAAAGGAAGGAUCGAUCGAAUAAAUGUCAGUAUGAAACUCUGUAUAUACGUAUUGGUUUUGAAAGUUUCUACAAUUGAGAAAUAAUAAAAAUUGUGGAUAUUAACGCAGAAUAGAAUGGAAAAAGGUUUCUCGAGAAUAGAAUCCGAGUACGGGUUUCAUUGCAUUCUAAGUUAGAUAGUUGCUUAAACGAUAUGUUAGAAUGUAUAUGUAAACGAUGGAAAACGAAGUAUGACGACCCUUAUAUUAAAUAAGUUGUGUUAGCGACUUGCGAUGCGUCUAUCACAACUUAUUUUAAAGUUAUAUUAACACGUUGAACACACUAUUGUUCACUGAUUAACUAUCCAAUUGCUAAUCCAAUUACAUAUAUAUUAAAGUACAUGCAAAAGAAUGAAACAGAUCAAACAUGUUACUACAUAUUUAGACACUUGAAGACGUAUUAUAGAGAAUAUAAAAGGCUUUAGUGUAUAUAUGUAGUUUUGUAAAGUAUUAAUAAUGUAUAAACCUGGAAAAAGACGUACAGCGUUGAAUCGACGAAAUAUAUUGUUGAUAUUAAUCGAGGCCGAUAUGAAUUACAAGUUUUCACUGUAAAAUCGAAAUUCAGUUGACACAAUGCGAUGUGUACACAAGUGCGCAAAUAUACAUAUAAUGUGCGUGAAGGGAGCUGUUGCAUUGAGAACAUUUGCCACAUGUAUUUAAAUAAAUGAUCGUUUCGUUAAAUGUAACUGCAUUUACGCGUACGAAGGUAUGUAUGCGUAUACACGCAUAUGCAUGCGUAUACAUAAAAGCAAAGAGGAUGUUAUUCGUUACAUAUAUAAUAUGUGAUACAUGCGUAAUAUUUUAAGCUGUCAAUAGAAUGUCCUAAUACUAAAUAUACUAUAGUGAGAUUAAA